AUGACGGUAGAGGAGGAGACGGAGGCGCUGGUCACGGCGCCGGCUCGUGUCAGCGAGUUGCUCGGAGUCGAGAAGCUGGCCGCCCUGUUUGUGCGUGCUGACCUGCUGCUGGGCCAGCCCGACCCUCUGGGGAAAGCUGCGCUGUGCCUUGCCUUGCGCCCCACCAAGCACCUGCUUCUGUCUACUUUUAGGUCCUGCCCUUUCGCGUCAGCACCACCAGCAACAGCGCAAGGCGGAAGCUUCUUGUCCCCCGCCCCAGCUCUCGCUGCAGUCAAUAGGGGCACCGGCCGGGACGACAGCAGCAGGAGUCGACGUGCUCGCUUGGCUCGUCAGAAACGAGAAGGGGCAGCUCGGGGACACCAAACAGCGUCCCGAUCAGCUGCCGGUCUUGCGACGGACCGUCGUCGAGGCAUCGAGGUCUCAGUUCCCGGCGUGAACCAGCAGCUACAGCCUAUCGAGCGAAACAGGCGAUCGACAAGACACAAAGAAGCUGACCCGACGCCGACCAGAACAGAACAGAACAACAGACAGACCCGGAGCCUCCAGCAAAAGCUUGCCGGCGCGCGGUGCGGUGGAGUCAUUACGUGCUCUCAGGAGGACCCACCGAUGCUCUAG